AUGAAAUAUAAAGGAGACGGAUACUCGAGCAAUUAUAAAAGACUCUUCGCUACUGAAAAUACUAUGUCUAUCAGUCAACAACGUGACCUGAUCAUUGGUAAACCGGAUUUAAAUGAUUUAUGUUUCCGAGUUUACAAUGAAUGUAUUAUUGUUAAUGCGCAACCGUACGAACGACGAUCUAACAUGCAAUUAGAUGAGUGCAAGCAGCGAUGCAUGCAAUCACAAAAUGGCAUUUAUAGUUGUCGCUCAUUUGUGCACGAUAUUACUAAUAAGAUUUGUGAUUUUUUUGCUCAUCGAGGUGAUCAGCUACCAGCGAGACUGCUCAAAUACUAUGAACAUUUAUAUUUGGAGCCAACUUUUGCUAAUGGAUACAGAAAAGCAAGUGAUACAAUGCGAUUGAAUGAUUUAGCAAAACGAGAUGCAAAUCAAGAAAUUUGUAAAGAAGGGAAAGUUAUUAAGUAUUUGCGAACUGAAGGAUUUAAGCUUGACAGCGCUAAUCGGAUAGAUUUAAGAGCUUAUAAUUUGGAUGCAUGCAUCGAUGCAUGUACCAACAAUAUGGAUGAUAAAGGACAUCCUUUUGCAUGUCACUCUUUCGAUUAUAGCGAGAGUGGUUGCAGUUUAUUUGGCGAAGCAGCAACACUUCGAGGUACCACACAGCUGAAACAAAAUUCCGAUGCUAAUUAUUAUGAAAAAAUUUGUGUAGAUAAUAAUUUAAUGAGCAGUGAAUGUCAAAGCAUAAAUCGAUUUCCACAGAUGAUAUUAGUUGGAUUUGCGGAAGCAGUUAUGACAACACAAUCAUUUAUUGGAUGCUUCGAAAAUUGCUUAAAAUCACGAAAAUUAUUUGCAAUGAAUUGUACCAGUGCUGUUUACUUCUAUGAGGAAUUGGAGCAAAAUUGCAUCCUAAAUAGUGAAAAUAGACAAACGCAAAAGAAUCUUUUUGUGGAAGAAAAUGCUGAUAUUGUGGAUUAUUUCGAAAUAAAUUGUCCAUUAAGAAAACGGAAGAAAAUAAUUGAUGAUUUAGUAUUUAAAAGUUAA